AUGAAGUGGCCCGAACCACACGUACGCGCGUGGUACUGGUACGCGUUCGCUGCAGAGGUGUUCGCCGCGUGUGCCCUGGCCAUCUUCUUGCCCAUUACGCUUGAGCGCAUGGCGCGCGAGAUCGGCUUUGCUGGACCAGACUACACCCAGCCAUGUUCCCUCACGGCGCCGGCGCCCGCCGGUGCCGACGGCGUCGUGGUGGACGUCGACUGCCGCGCGCGCAUCCUGGGCCGAUGGGUCAGUACCGACUCGUUUAGCAUGUACGUCAAGUCGACGGCGGUUGCGCUCCAGGCCCUCGGCAUCAUCUCCAUCGGCACCCUCGCCGACAGCGGGUACUGGCGUAAACGCCUCCUGGGGACGUUUGCAGCUACGGGCUCGCUCGCGGCCGCGCUCUUCCUCGCUCUCCCGGGCACCCCGCACGGGUGGCUGCCCGUCGUGGCGGCCCUCAUCACCCUCGUCGGCAACGUGUGCUAUGCCGCCAGCAUUGUCUGCGCGAAUGCGUUCCUCCCCGGCCUCGCGCGUGAGGACCCGCAGGUCGUGGCGGCCAGAGACGAGGCGGAGGCCGCCGAGCGCGCACACGACGAGGGCGCGGCGGGAGAGGUGAGGGAGAGCGUGGACGAGGAGGCGCGCGCCCUGCUCCCGGACGCGUCGGGGGAUGCAGCGUCCGAACGCGCGACGACGCGGUACGCCGCGCUCCUGUCCACGACCAUGUCCCGCCUCUCGUCCACGGGCACGGCCAUCGGGUUCUUCUCGGGCUGGGCCAUGCUCUUGCUCCUCCUCAUCCCCGUGACCCUCGGUGGGGGGAAGACACGCUCGCUCGAGCUUGCACUCGGUCUCUGCGGCCUGUGGUGGGGGGUCUUCUCCAUCCCCGCCAUCAUCGGGUUGCCGGGCGGAAGGAAGGAGGACGCGCCGCACCACUGGCUCCGGCGCGCGUGGGCCCGAGUCGGGGGCAUGGUGCGUCCCUCGGAAAUGCGCGAGCUGCCCAACCUGUUCACGUACCUCCUCGCAUGGGUCUUCCUGUCUGAUGGUGAGCUUAAAGAAGAUAAGUGA